UUUAGCUGGAGGCAAGCAGGUUAGGCAUGCCUUCUACUAUAAGGGAACUCUCUGGACAUGGCUUUCCCCAUUCAUGCUGUUUUUUUCACUUCUUUUUGGGUCUUUGCUAAUUUGAAAGCAUAAUGUAAAUUACGGUAUCUGCUCAUGAGUCAUUAGGGGUGGUGGGGGAUGGGAUAUGCCUUUGUUGCCACCUGCUGGCCAAUCUUUAGUUACAGGAGUUGCAUUGGCUGGAAUUUCCCAGUGUAGCUUGUGUGUUUCUGAUCGAGGCUGGAUCCCAUGGAGUAGCCUAUUUCCCAGCAGCUGUGCGGACGUCUGCCUUCCUUUCCUUUCUCUCUUCAGGUUGAAUGCACACUGCUAGACACAUAAUAUCUACAGUGCCAGUGGAGUGUAACUUGAGUGGUUCCUUUGUGACGGACGAGCUGAAAAACUUGCAUGUGGCAGAAAGUGGCCAGAGCAUGUCCUACCAUGAUAAUCCCAGCACUGACUCAAAGCCUGAUCACAUCCAAGCCCCAGAGGAGUUUCGAAUUUGCGUCCCGAACCUUGGGAAAGUCGUUCUGUCUUGGAGACCCAAUGUGGAGCCUAUUGCUGCAAAUAGACAUAUAAAAUAUGAAGUUACAGUAAAGACUCCUGAAACGGAAGAGGAUAUGUUCUAUACAACACGUACAACUGCAACACGCCUGCUUGCUGUUCACAGAGGUCUCCAUGCAACUGUGAAGGCUUUACUAAUGGAAGGCGACUCGAUUGUAUCCCAAAGUGAGCAGGUGUAUCAGAAGCUUCCUCCAUUCUCAGGAGCCGAAGGUACAGCAGUUACAGAUCUAGCCUGUCACAUUAAGACUGAUGAAUUUUUAAAGACAUCACUUACGUGUAGCUGGACUGCGGGUAUCAAUGCACCUGUGGACAUUCAAUAUUACCUUUACUACAGCUACAAGGACACAUCGAAGAAGUGUUUUGAUAAGUCCCAGGGUGAGAUUUCUAUCGGCUGCCAGUUUCCUUUGCAGCAAUUCAGCACAGAUUUGUCUGGCAGAUUCCUUGUACAUGUCAACGGGUCCAGCAAGAGCCUCAAAAUCCAAGGCAUCCAACAUGUGUACAUGGCAGAACACCUAGAGAUAAUCAAUCCUCCCCGUAACGUGUCUCUAUCUGAGAGAGAAGGCAUUCAGAUUCUCAGUUGGGACAAACCAUAUGCUUUGUUUCCACAUUACUUUGUAUAUGAGGUGAUCAUUUGGAACCUGAAGACUGGCACCAACAAGACACAGAUAGUUAAAAAAACGGAGUUAGAAAAUGGGCCUCUGCAGCCCCCAUGGAAGAACCACAUGAUAAAGGUGAGAGCCAUUCGGAAGACAAUACUGACAGACAAGCAACUCUAUAGUAACUGGACAGAGCCUUUGCAUAUAGAAAAUACCUUUGAGGACAAGAUAAAUAUAUAUAUAAUAGCUGGAUUUGCUUCUCUGACUGUGACAGCACUGGUUCUUAUUUAUAUGUGUCUUAAAUUUCACCUUUUCAAGAAGAUUUUUCCUCCAAUACCAAAACCCAAGGAGGCACUGAAAGAGUUGUUUCUAACCCCACAGAAAAUGGACGUUGUGAUUGCUCAAUAUGGACCUGAAGUCAUUAGUUUCAUUGAAGAGAUGAGAGACUCAGAGAAUUUAUACAAGUGAAGCUUGAAUUAUGUUCCAUCAGGAAUCAAACACCAGAUUUCACAAAUGUGAUGGUUUAAACAAAGAUAUACGGCAGGCAUGACUUUACCCAUCAGACUAUGGGGCACUGUGAUGCUCGUGUUCACAUUUUUGCUCCUGGAGUUAUACAUUCUGCCGCAGAAACCAAAGGUAGUCACUGGGCAUUGCCAUUAGUGGUGCCUUCAUUGUUGUCAAGAGACUCCCAAUUUUAUACAUUUUAUAAUUGUACAGAACUUGCAAAUGCAAAAGGUUCAUUUUUCUUCAGUGAACCACAAGUGCACAUGGACCGUAUCAAGUAUCAUUCUGUCUGCCCUAAAGGACUUAUCUCAAUGCUUGUAGGCUCAUGUGAAUGACAACUUUACCAUGAAGAUUUAUCGAUUCAGCUGAGCCAACCCUAUGUUCUUCUGGGUUGAGUUCCCCUGUACAGUUAUUUUGCACCUAUUAAGCUGAGGAUGCUGCAAUGCAACCAUAGGGCUUCAUGUCAUGCUCAGGGAUCUCCAAUAUGUGAGCUGUUGCUUAGUGUUAACCUCUCUAAAUUACAAUAUGCAAGAAAUGAAAAUCGUCUGGGAUCAAGGGAGUGUCCACUCCUCAAGCAUCAGCUCUUCUCCUCACUUUUGUGGUUUACAUCAUGAGCUAUUUAACUUUAACUCUGAAAUAAUGUUACACAGGGUUUGGAUUUACCAAUAAAGUCUACUAUCUCUUUUUA